ACUUUUUACUUUCAUUCAAUUGAUGCUGCCAAACCAAUUUUGAAUAAAUUUCCUGCAUCUGAAAUUAAUCUUUCCAUUAAUUCAUCAUACAUAUUACCAUGUUCCAUUUCAUCAGGAUCGACAUCAAUAUUUUUUGAAUGGUACAAAGAUGAUCAUAAGAAAUUAUCUUCGACUGAAUAUAAAAUUGUUAUUUAUGAUACAAUGUCAUCGAUUGUAUUCAAACGUCUUAAUUCAAAUGAUGAUACCGGAACCUAUACAUGUAAUGCCAGGAAUGUUCAUGGUACUGAUUCGAUUACAACAAAACUUGUCAUACAAGAUGCACCUCGAAUUUCUAAAUUGUUUUCAACAGAAUUGAAUCAAUCUGAAGGAUCAGUAUUGAAUAUUCCAUGUUCGGUUAUCAGUGGUUCAACACCACUAUCGUUCAAAUGGUUUAAAAAUGAACAAGAAUUACUUAGACAUAGAAAUCCGGAAUUAUCAUAUCAGAUUAAAACAGAUAAUUUUCUAUCAUUUUUAACCAUUUCAAAAUUGAAAGCUGCUGAUUCGGGAAAUUAUUCUUGUAUCGUAGGCAAUCAGUUUGGAAUCGAUAUUCAAUGGACAUUGCUUCAAGUGCAAGCAUUUUUCAAAAUGUUUUGUCGGUUUAGUGGUCGUAUCAUUUUAAAAUGGUGUAUUCAAAUCAUCAUUUUGUUAAUAUUCCACACGUUAAUUAUUAACGGAAAUGAAUCACCAUUACUUUUGAAACAAUUUGCUCAUUUAAGUUCGCUAAAAGGAUCAGAUAUAGUGUUCACUUGUAAUGUGGCCAAAAAGUCAACACAUAAAGUGUUGUGUGAUUUAAAUGAUAGUUGUAAUUAUUAAUUCGUUUUUGUCGUUCGAUCAAUAAAGUCAUAUUUUGAUACUCGA